AUGGUUGCGAUUACUGAGGAUAAAGAUAAAAUUAAAUUACUUCAAAAUUACAUCGAUGCGAUUCUUACAGAUAAAGAUCAUGAAAGAAUUAAAGGCUGUAAACGGCUUGAAGAUGGUCAGAAGCCUCUCCCACGUUGGAAUCCUUUUGACAAUAAUCAACAACAACUUGUAACUGAACUCGAUGCGGAGUAUAAGUUGAUUCAUAUUAAUGCUAAAAAUGAUGAUGAAAGAAUUAAACUUUUCUUUAAAGUAGCGGAUAAAGUACAAGCGCAACUUAAUGAUGUCACAACGUAUGAUCCAAAUUUGGUUAAAGACGCAUUCACCAUUUUUAUAAACAAUCAUCCCGUUGCUAUUGCAUGGGUCGCUGUUGGUCUUGAUCCUGUUGUUCCGCUAAAAAACUAUUAUUAUCCGAUUCCUGAAGGAUAUCUACCAAAUAAAUAUUUAAGAGACUAUAACGAAAAAACUUCUGCUUCCGAUUUACAACCUAAAUUUGAUUAUCGAUUACCAUAUUCUUCAAUUGAUAAGGAAUGGAGCUCCUAUUGA